UCUCAACUCCUAUGUAAUGACUAGAUGGUGAUGUAUGGUGUUCUGUUUAUCAGAACUACCUUGGGGUGCUUCUACUGUGGGUAACAGUACUAUCUUCACAAAUGUAGAGAGCCCGCGGCCCACAGUAAACGUAGAGAGCCCGCGGCCCACAGUAAAUGUAGAGAGCCCGCGGCCCACAGUAAAUGUAGAGAGCCCGCGGCCCACAGUAAAUGUAGAGAGCCCGCGGCCCACAGUAAAUGUAGAGAGCCCGCGGCCCACAGUAAAUGUAGAGAGCCCGCGGCCCACAGUAAAUGUAGAGAGCCCGCGGCCCACAGUAAAUGUAGAGAGCCCGCGGCCCACAGUAAAUGUAGAGAGCCCGCGGCCCACAGUAACUGUAGAGAGCCCGCGGCCCACAGUAACUGUAGAGAGCCCGCGGCCCACAGUAAAUGUAGAGAGCCCGCGGCCCACAGUAAAUGUAGAGAGCCCGCGGCCCACAGUAACUGUAGAGAGCCCGCGGCCCACAGUAACUGUAGAGAGCCCGCGGCCCACAGUAACUGUAGAGAGCCCGCGGCCCACAGUAACUGUAGAGAGCCCGCGGCCCACAGUAACUGUAGAGAGCCCGCGGCCCACAGUAACUGUAGAGAGCCCGCGGCCCACAGUAACUGUAGAGAGCCCGCGGCCCACAGUAACUGUAGAGAGCCCGCGGCCCACAGUAACUGUAGAGAGCCCGCGGCCCACAGUAACUGUAGAGAGCCCGCGGCCCACAGUAACUGUAGAGAGCCCGCGGCCCACAGUAACUGUAGAGAGCCCGCGGCCCACAGUAAAUGUAGAGAGCCCGCGGCCCACAGUAAAUGUAGAGAGCCCGCGGCAGUACUGUAGCUUGAAAUGGGCACGGGGUCUAAUUGACUCAACAACCAAAAACACAUUAAGUUUAACUGGAAAAUCUCUAGUUAUUUCAGGAAGUUAGCUUUUAAAGUUCUAAAUGACGUUUUAAAGUUCUAAAUGACGUUACACAAUUCUAAAUGACGUUUUAAAGUUCUAAAUGACGUUACACAAUUCUAAAUGACAUUAAAGUUGUAAACAGAUCCAUAGCCCCCCCCCC